AUGGAUAAUACCAACAUCCUUAUCAUAGUUCUUUCUGUGUCAAAGAAGUCGAUAUUAUUUACUCAAUAUAAAGUAUUGCUAUACGAAUAUAAUAUAAUUUACGAAUAUAAUUGCUCUUUGGAUUAUAUAUGCAUCAGCGAGAACACAUUCGACCUUAACCUGGCGGACGCUUUACAUUUACGUCGGAAGCCGUAUUUUAAAAUAGCGUUUCUGAAAGAUGUGCAGCCCUUUGUAUGA